UCCACUAUUUAUUUAAAAAACGGCUUUUUUCUUUUUUGUAUGUACUUAAGUGGGUACAUUUUUCCUUUCUUUUAUUCUUUUCUUUCGUAUGUGAGUGGUGGGUACAUUUUCUUUUCUUUAUUCUUUUUUUAUUCUUGCUUUUCGUAUGUGGGUGUUUUACUAUGUUGA